AGGGGAGUUUUAUAAUACGGUUAUAGACUAUUAGAUGGAGAGAGGAAAACUGGAAAGAAAAGAAACAGCGUUUCAGUAGUAGAGUCCACAACUUUCACUAAAGCAAAAUCAAGAAAGUUGAGAAAACACGGCAAAUUUCUUGCAUUCUCAAGAUAAAAUAGUGGAUUGAAGCACUGAAAUCUAGGGUUUUUGGUUAGUCAAUGGCGAGUCCGAGUUCUCAAUCGGACAGAGUGAUUCUGAAGACUCCGGCAACUAUAAAAUUGACAACCACAAAAUCUGGUUCCUAGCUUUUGACAAACCCAAGUUCUGGUUCUACCCAGCUUUUGAAAACCCCUUUAAGCGAUGAAGUCGUAUGGAAAAAACUCAUAGAGGCGGGUUUCGAUGAAGAGUUCAUCAAACGCAGAGACAAGGCGGCUCUCAUUGCCCAUAUUGCUAAACUCGAAGCCAAGAAUUGGCGGAGGCAAAGGUUGCUGCCGAGAAUAAACUGACAAAGGCUCAAAUUAUGGUGGAGAACGCUCAGAAGAAGUUCAUGGAGGCAGAGGAAAAACUUCAUGUAGCAAAAUUGUUGGAAGCAGAUGCUAGCUGGUUCCACUGAACUACAAAAAGAAGGUUGCUAGAAGUUGGAGAUCGGGAAGAUGAUCUAAGGAGAUGGAUGAUGUCAUUCAAAUUUGAAUGUGAUGAUAAAGAAAGAGAGAUCCAGCUUGAGAGGUAAUCACUGACUGAAAGGCAAAAAAUGCAGCAACAAUCACAAGAAAGAUUAUUUGAUGGACAAGCUUUGCUAAAUCAGAGGGAAUAAUAUAUUUUUAAUAGAUCUUGGGAGUUAAAGAGGUUUGAGAAGGAGUUGGAGGAUACAAAGUUGAGCUUAGAGAAAGAGAGAGAGAAAGAGAAAGAAGCCCUUAAUGAGAAAAACCAAUCUCUUAAUAUAACAGCAAUGUCUUUGUCAACAAGAGAGGAGGCUGCCAUAAAAAAAGAACGUGACCUUUUCAAGAAAGAGGAAGAACUGCUCAUUUCACAAGAAAAAUUGGCUAGAUAAUAUUCAUCAAGUAAUGGAAAUUCAAGAAGCUACAUUGACAAUGAGGAAGUCUUCAUUUGAGGUAGAAUUGAAAGAGAAGCGUAAAUUGGUGGAAGAAGAACUUGAUGCCAAGAGGCGGGCUUGGGGGUUGAGAGAACUAGCUAUCAAGCAGCAGGAGGAUUACAUUAUGGAGAGAGAACGAGAUUUGAAUUUUGAGUCAAGAGAUUAUGUAGAAAGGGAAAAGGAGCUAGAAGAGAAGUUUUUCUCAGUUGCAGAGAAAGAGAAGAGACUUUUAGCAGUUGAAGAAGAGGUGGAAUUGAAGAGGAAACUUUUGCAGAAAGAGAAAGAAGAUAUCACUAGGAUAAAGCUUGACCUUCAAAAAUCUUUGGACUUGUUGGAGGAAAAUAGAAGAAACGUUAAUGACAUAGAAGAGAAAGUGGAGGCAAUGAAGAAUGAAACAAAUGAGCUAGUGGAUCUUGAGUUGAGACUUAAGCAAGAAAUAGAUAUGAUCAGCGCGCAAAAAUGGUAAAUUGAGGCUGAGGCAGAUCAAUUGAAAGCAGAGAAGGCAAAGUUUGAAACAGAGUGGGAAUUGAUUGAUAAGAAAAGAGAAGAGUUACGAAAAGAAGAAGAGCGUAUUGCAGAGGAAAAGUUAACCGUUUCUAAGUUUCUGAAGGAUGAGUAUGAUAGCUUGAAAGCGGAGAAUGAUUCAUUAAGAGACCAGUAUAAACAGGAUCUUGAGUCUUUUUCCCGUGAUCGAGAAGCAUUCAUGAGUAAACUUGAGCAUGAACGUACAGAGUGGUUCAGCAAGAUUCAGAAAGAACCUAAAGACUUCUUGCUUGAUGUACAGAUGCAGAAAAGGAGCUGGAGAACUGCAUUGAUAAGA